AUCUCCAAAUAAUAAUCGUGUGUGAUAUUCGAUCGCCACUAUCAUUUGUUAUCAUCUCUCACUAAAAUUAUUACUAUUAUUAUUGUCUUCUCAUAUGCAGAUGUCGGAAUUCCCUGUUACUCCGCCAUUCUCUCCGGCGCCGGCGUAGCCGCUCCUUGGUUUUUCCGAUCAUAACAAGAAGCAGGAUUGUUGAAGAUAGAGUCGGUUAACAUGGGUCGAUUUGCAUCGAUGUUUAAUGGGCUAGCGAAGUCGUUUUCGCCUGCAAAGAGAUCGAAGAGUUCUGCGGGGGAUAGUGGGAAAGAGACGGCAGAAGCCAUGGCAAAAGAUGCAAAGAAGAAUGAUAUGAUGCUAAGGUCUUCAGGCACUAUUAAUGUCAACAAUGUCGUCUCGGUUUGUUCAAAACGGGGCGAAAAGGGGGUGAAUCAAGAUUGUUGCAUUGUGUGGGAGGAAUUUGGAUGCCAAAAGGACAUGAUGUUCUGUGGGAUUUUCGACGGUCAUGGUCCAUGGGGACAUUAUGUUGCAAAGCGCGUAUGCGACUCGAUGCCCUCAUCUUUGCUAUGCAAUUGGCAAGAGAUGUUACUUGAAGCUUCACUUGACCCGAAAAAGGUUGAUAGAUUCCAUCUAUGGAAGAACUCUGUCAUAAAGACUUGUGCUGCUGUUGAUCAGGAUCUCCAACAUUCACGCAAAUUUGAUUCCUUUCAUAGUGGAACCACUGCCUUGACGGUCAUCAGACAGGGUGAACUUUUAGUGAUAGCAAAUGUUGGAGAUUCACGGGCGAUACUAGCUACGACUAGUGAAGAUGGGUGCUUGGUACCUGUCCAACUUACAGUUGAUUUUAAGCCCAAUCUACCUAAUGAGGCGAAACGCAUAGUUGAGUGUAAAGGGCGAGUUUUCUGCAUGGAGGAUGAGCCAGGUGUGCACCGCAUGUGGCUGCCGCACGAGGACUCACCUGGUCUAGCUAUGUCGAGAGCCUUUGGUGAUUAUUGUGUUAAAGAUUUUGGACUUAUAUCUGUGCCUGAAGUAACCCAAAGAGUUAUCACCUGCAAAGACCAGUUUCUGGUGCUAGCUUCUGAUGGGGUGUGGGAUGUUAUUUCUAACGAAGAUGCGGUGGAGAUUGUGUCGUCAACGGUUGACAAGUCAAAGUCUGCAAAACGACUGGUGGAGUGUGCAGCACAUGCCUGGAAACGCAAGAGGAAAGGAAUAGCGACCGACGAUAUCUCUGCUGUCUGUCUCUUCUUUCAUAGUGGUUCCCCCUCAUCGUGCAAGGUCACCUUGUAGCUACAUCUAAAUAGAACAUAAGUGAAUAUGCAACGUCUUUCAAUGCAUUUGAUCCAAAUUAUGCUGUCUCUUG